CACGUCGUCACUUCAGUCUUCAAUCUCCUCAUUGUUGCGCCGAUAGGUUUCCGGCUGCUCAAUUCCCAACUCACAACAUGGCGAGAGGUUUGAAGAAGCAUUUGAAGAGGCUCAAUGCUCCCAAGCAUUGGAUGCUUGACAAAUUGGGUGGUGCUUUUGCUCCUAAACCCUCAUCUGGACCCCACAAGUCAAGGGAAUGCCUUCCACUCAUUCUCAUUUUGCGAAACAGGCUCAAGUAUGCUUUGACAUACCGUGAGGUUAUUGCCAUUCUCAUGCAACGCCAUGUCCUUGUUGAUAACAAGGUCAGGACUGACAAGACCUAUCCAGCUGGAUUCAUGGAUGUUGUCUCUAUUCCUAAAACAAAUGAGAACUUCCGUCUGCUCUAUGACACUAAAGGCCGUUUCCGUCUUCACUCAGUUAGGGACGAUGAGUCAAAGUUCAAGCUUUGCAAGGUUAGAUCAGUUCAAUUUGGGCAGAAAGGUAUCCCAUACCUCAACACCUAUGACGGUCGCACCAUCCGCUAUCCAGACCCAGUCAUCCGGGCCAAUGACACCAUCAAGCUAGAUCUCGAGGAAAACAAGAUCGUCGAUUUCAUCAAGUUCGAUGUCGGUAAUGUUGUCAUGGUUACUGGUGGUAGAAACAGAGGCCGUGUUGGUGUCAUCAAGAACAGGGAGAAACAUAAGGGAACCUUUGAGACCAUUCACGUUCAGGAUGCUACUGGUCACGAGUUUGCAACCCGUCUGGGCAAUGUCUUCACCAUCGGUAAGGGUACUAAGCCAUGGGUAUCUCUUCCUAAGGGUAAGGGUAUUAAGCUAACUGUUAUCGAGGAGGCUAGGAAAAGGGCUGCUGCAGCUCAACAAGCCAUUGCUGCUUAGAUCUCUUUUGAAUGAAUUUAUAAUAGACUUGAGUGUUUGGUAGUUUUAUUGACGCUUUUGGUUUCUUAUGUAUUUUGUCUUGAGAUUUUAUUACUUGAAUUUUGACUUGUUGCUCUAUGCAACUUUUGUUGUGCAUGCUAUAUUUAUUCUUGAAGGAAUCUUUUCAUUCCCUA